ACAAGAAACAAUGUCAUUACUGUACGACUGUCGCAUUUGCAAUAAUAAAUUAUUACGAUCUGAUUCACGUUGUGAUUUUUAUGUCCGAGACACAAAAUAGUACGAAUUCAGGUGCGCCUAUUAUCAGAUCUACGAUUCAAAAUGGACCAACCUCCAGCGCCCGUAGUGGACAACCGAAUGGAAUUCUUAGGAACGUAUGUCCAAAAAUCUCUUAAACUUAAAGUAGAGAAAUGGUCCAGAAUGAUUUUAACAGAAGAACAUAAGGCCGUUGUUAUGAAAUUUCUUGAAAGGGCCUCUCCCACUCUUCUAGUGAUCAUUCUAACUCCAUCGGCCCAACUGGUACCUUCAAAUGGGUUUCCUUUAACUCAACUGAAAAGCAAAGGGGUAUAUUUUAUUAAGAAGGAAGCCAUGCCAGUAGAUAAAGCUGUUCCAGCCCAAUCAGUAAUUGUUGGAGACUUAUCACCAAAACUUAUUGACCAACUAGCUUCUCUAGUUGAUGAAAUCCUAGUACCCUUGCUUUCCAACCCCCAAAACCAUGAUCAAUGGCCAACAGUGAUAGCCAAAGAUGUUCACAAGCAUGUUCACAGUCUUAGAAGCACAGUCUAUCAAGUAAAGGGGCAGGUAAAUGGCCAGACUGUCCUUCCAAUGCCUGUGGGCAUAGAGCGAGUCUACGAUGUUGAAAAGGCUCUCACAGAUAGCAAUGGGGAAAUUUGUGAUCUGUACCUUAAAAGUGGUAUUGAAGGGGUCGUAAUGAAGUGGGCUGCCCAGAUCAAUGAUGUUUUAGCAAAUGAUUCGUCUGAAAAAAGUUUGAAUCCUGUACCAUCUGUAGAGAUUGAAUUUUGGUGCCAGCGGCUUAGAAAUCUUCAAUAUAUUUACGAGCAAUUAAAAGAGUCUCGUGUAAGAAGCAUGGCAGCAAUUCUCGAAAAGACUAAUAGUGCUUACUAUGCAUGCUUCAAGAAUCUAUUUAAGAAUGUUGUCUUUGCCCUGGCAGAAGCAAAGGAUAUAUACUUACAUCUCACUCCCUUAAAAAAGCAUAUUACCCUGUUAGAAGAAACUGAUUUUAGUGAAUGUAUUCCUUUAUUAGCUCCAGUCAUGCAUGUAGUCUGCCUCAUAUGGUCUAAGUGUGAGUCAUACGAUCAAGUGAAACUUAUUACUCUCCUUAAACAGAUUUGUAAUCUUUUAAUAUUGGAGGCAAAAAAAUUCCUAGAUCCAACCACAUUAUUCCACAGUGACAUUGACGAAGCUAUGCAAAGGGUUAGUCUUUGCAUAAAAACCCUUAAACAGUUCUUGACUCUGUUUAAGAUUUACAAGCUCAACCUCGGAAGAUUUUACAAAGACAAACCACCAAACCUUUGGAAUUUCGAUGCUAAUAUGGUCUUUGAGCGUUUUAUAGCAUUUGUUGAGCGACUACAAACUAUUCAGUGGUUUUUUAACACCGUAUUGGAAUUUAGUAAACUCGAGAAAGUUGAAAUUGGUGGUAUUAAAGGAAGGAUCUUGAGUUCCAGAGUAACGACUGUUUUUAGUGAAUUUCAGCUCUGCUACUCAACGUUUUCUGGAAAGUCUUAUGAUGUUCUUGAUCCUGACGACCUAUCGUUUAUAGAAGAUUUUCAAGUUUUCAAACAAAGAAUUUAUGAAAUGGAUAUGAAACUAGCUGCGAUAUUGUGCCAAGCGUUUGAGGAUUGUUCUAAUUUAGAAGGCAUUUUUAAGCUGAUUAAUAUUUCUGGUUGUUUACUUGAAAGGCCAUUUAUUAAACAAGAAUUUACGAAGAAGUAUGUUCUCAUUGCUGACAUGCUUGAGAUAGAGGCCAAACUAAUAGAAGGCGCUUUUGAGGAACAAAUGACUAAUAAACGAAAAUAUGGAGAAUUCAUUGUGGAUAAGUAUGUUCCACCUGUAACUGGUACCCUUAAAUGGACACGGAAUCUGGAAGAACGGAUCAUGGCAGUCAAAAAAAAGUUUCAAAGCUUUCAGCAUUCGAUAACAGAAGAUCCAAAAUACCUAGAUAUCAUGCGCAAAUUUGAUGUUUUAAUUGAUAAAAUUAACGAGGUAGCUCAAAAAGCGCUGAAAGAUUGGGCCCAAGAAAUUCCUUCUCAAAUAACGAAGAACCUUCAACACCGCUUAUUGAUCCAAAAUCCGAAAACAAAAGAAUUGUAUCUUAAUUUCAGCCCUCAGCUUUCAGCGAUUUUACGUGAAGUUCAUUAUCUUAAUCUGAUGAAAAUAACAGAGAUCCCGGAAAUAGCAUUAAAACUAGCGGAAAGAAACGAAACGUUUAGGAAAUAUAUUUCAAACUUGGUUUCGACCAUCGCGUGGUAUAACAAAAUCAGAAACUCCACAAGGAAUGUUGAAUUUGAUUUAAUUAAAAAUGAUAUUGAUGAAAUUGAUAAGCGCAUUGCCUUAGGACAAAAUAGUCUAAAUUGGAACUCAGAUAAUUUAUGGGAUUAUAUCAUAAACCUCCAUACCCUGGUAAAAAAUCUUCAAGAUAACCUAACAAAGUGUCAAGAAAACCUUAUAGACAUAAAAUCAGUUUUAAUUCCGUUUGCUCGUAAGCCCCUCUUUGAAAGAAAAGAAGGAAGAAGGGAUGCUUUUCUUUGCAUAGAAGAUAAAGAAGAGCGUAUUUCGAGACGCCACUCUGAAAUAAGUCAUGCUACUCAGACCAUUAUGGAUUUAUUAAAUACGAACAAGGAGCUAUUUGGAAUGAGUGGGCAAUCAGAUAAAGUGGAAUGGUUGAACUAUAUUGAUUACGUUGACAAAAUUGUUUUAAAUUAUUUAUACCAGUCUGUUGGUUGCAGCUUAGGGUAUAUUAAUGAACACAUGGAUUCAUCAAAUAACCUAGCUCCACUUUUUGAAGCCCAACUGCUUUUAAAAGAACCAAAUAUUGUCUAUGUUCCUUCACUUGACACAAAUGACCCCGAAGGAUUUAAUGCUUUGAUCAACGGUUUGAUAAGUGAUAUUAUCGAAACCUCUUCUAUAGUUCCAAGACUCUCUACUACAAACGAGGAAAGCUAUAUGAACGAGAUUGCUAGAAAUCAAGAUAUUGUUGAUAUUAAGGCGGACAUACUUUUAAACGUGGAAAAGGUUCUAGAAGAGGCAUUUGAAUUUUGCAAUAGUUUUCAAGGCUAUUCGUAUUUAUGGUUAGAUGAUCGGGAUGAUUACCUUAAGCAAAUUUUAAAUUAUGGCAGACAACUGACAAAUGAAGAGUUGGAAUUGGUUGCCAUGAAAGAUCCCUUUGCUCCCAAAAUGUGUCCACCCAAAAUGGAAACUUUCAGGGAACAGAUAGACAAUUUUGAAAAUCUAUUUGCAGAAGUGGAACACAUCCAGGAAAAGGAGAUUUUUAGUGCCUGGUUUCAAGUUGAUAUAAAACCUUUUAAGCAAGCACUUCUUAAUACUAUCAGAAAAUGGGGCGACAUGUUUAAACAGUACUUAGUAAAUACUGUUACCAAUAGUUUAUGUGAUCUGGGUCAAUUUAUAAGGUCAGCUGACGAAGGUCUUCAGCAACAGGUACAAGAAGGAGACUAUCAAGCCUUAGUGAACGUCAUGGGUUACCUCCUAAAUGUAAAAGAGAGACAAGCUACUACAGAUGAAAUGUUUAUUCCUCUACGAGAAACAAUUGAGCUGUUAAAGUUUUAUGACCAAGAUAUUCCAGAAGAAGUAAAUGUAUACCUUCAAGAACUCCCAGAACAGUGGAACAAUACUAAAAAGAUUGCAAUAACUGUAAAACAGCAGUUGGCACCAUUACAAGCAGCAGAAGUCACCUGCAUAAGGAAGAAAAUUCAAGAAUUUGAUACUAAGAUUAUUCUAUACAGGGAAGUGUUUAAAAAAUAUUCUUUCUUUAAAUACAAAUGCCCUGAUCCAUAUGGAACAAUUGACAAGGUAGAUAAGGAUCUGCGAAAGUUGGAAAAUGAGAUGAAAUCAAUACACGAAUCUGGCUCGUUAUUUGAGGUUAAUGUUCCUGACUUUAAGGUUUUGAAACAAUGUAGAAGGGAUCUAAGGUUGUUAAAGCAACUUUGGGACUAUGCAUAUAUUGUACAUACCUGCGUGGAUGAUUGGAAGACCACUGCAUGGAGGAAAAUCGACGUGGAAAACAUGGAUAUAGAAUGUAAAAAGUUUGCCAAAGAAAUACGUAUGCUUGAUAAAGAGAUGCGUGGAUGGGAUACCUAUAGCGGCCUAGAAUCUACUGUUAAAAACACCUUAACAUCACUUAAAGCAGUAGGUGAGCUGCAAAAUCCAGCAAUAAGGGAAAGGCAUUGGGAUCAGCUGAUGGUAUCUACAAAGAACCUUGCAGCAUUACCACAAGAAUUUAAAACUAAAAUUAUUAUGGACUACAACACAACCCUAGCAGAUCUCUUGGAGUUGAAUCUGCAUGAGUGUGAAGAAGAAGUUAAGAAUAUUGUUGACAAAGCGGUUAAAGAAAUGUCAAUGGAAAAGAUCCUGCGAGAACUAAAUUCCACUUGGUCAACUAUGGAGUUCUCUCAUGAAAUCCAUCCUCGAACAGGCUGCACUCUUCUAAGAGCUAGUGAGGAACUCAUUGAAACUCUUGAAGAUAAUCAGGUGCAGCUGCAAAAUCUAAUUACUUCAAAGUUCAUUGCACACUUCUUGGAAGAAGUUUCAUCGUGGCAAACUAAGCUUGGACUAGCUGAUCAAGUUAUUACUGUUUGGUUUGAAGUUCAGCGGACUUGGAUGCACUUAGAAUCAAUUUUUAUGAGUUCAGAGGAUAUUAGAAAACAGCUGCCCAAUGACUCUGCUAGGUUCGAUAUUAUAGAUAGGGAUUUUAAAGAGCUUAUGAAAGAUAUGGCUAAAGUUUCUAAUGUGGUAGAAUCUACAAACAAGCCUGGGCUAUUGGAAAUUUUAGAAGAAAUACAAAAAAAUUUAACUUUAUGUGAGAAAGCCUUGGCAGUAUAUCUUGAGACAAAGCGGUUGGCUUUUCCAAGGUUUUACUUCGUUUCUUCAGCAGAUUUACUUGAUAUUUUAUCAAAUGGUAAUCAGCCCAAGCAAGUAGCGAAACAUUUAACGAAAUUGUUUGAUUCCAUUGCUCGAUUAGACUUCGAAACAAACGAAGAUGGUACUUUAACAAACAUGAUUAAAGGAAUGUUUGCCAAAGAUGGAGAAUAUGUUAAUUUUCAUGAUGUUACAAACUGUGUUGGACCAGUAGAGGUAUGGUUAAACAGAAUCCAAGAUGCUAUGAGAUCAACUAUAAAUCAGGAUAUUGGGGAGGCCGUGCUCUCUUAUGAAGAAAAACCAAGAGACCAAUGGUUGUUUGACUUUCCUGCACAGGUUUCGCUUUGCGGCACACAGAUCUGGUGGACAACCGAAGUCAACAUAGCUUUUUCUCGCUUGGAAGAAGGUUAUGACAACGCAAUUCGUGAUUACUAUAAGAAACAGGUAUCUCAGCUAAGUACUUUGAUCUCUUUACUCUUGGGAGAUCUUACCAAGCAAGAUCGGCAAAAAAUCAUGACCAUUUGCACUAUUGAUGUACAUUCUCGUGAUGUUGUUAGCAAACUGAUCCAAAGCAAGGUGGAGAGUGCUUUAGCCUUUCAAUGGGUUAGUCAGCUAAGGCAUAGGUGGUGUGAACAGAGCAAGCAUUGUUACGCUAACAUUUGUGAUGCUCAGUUUAGGUAUAGUUAUGAGUAUUUGGGUAAUACUCCUAGAUUGGUUAUAACACCAUUAACUGAUAGAUGUUAUAUAACUUUAACUCAGUCACUUCACCUCAUUAUGGGUGGUGGUCCAGCAGGACCAGCUGGUACAGGUAAAACCGAAACUACAAAAGACUUGGGACGAGCACUUGGUAUAAUGGUAUAUGUAUUUAAUUGCUCAGAACAAAUGGACUACAAGUCCUGUGGGAAUAUCUACAAGGGGCUCGCCCAAACUGGAGCUUGGGGGUGUUUUGAUGAAUUUAAUAGAAUUUCUGUGGAAGUUCUUUCUGUAGUAGCGGUACAAGUAAAAUCGGUAUUGGAUGCUAUUAAAAAUAAAAAGAUAACUUUUGAUUUUAUGGGUGAUAUGAUAAAUCUAGUUCCUACUGUAGGUAUUUUUAUUACGAUGAAUCCUGGAUAUGCUGGUAGGACGGAAUUACCAGAAAACUUGAAAGCUCUAUUUAGACCCUGUGCUAUGGUUGUUCCAGAUUUUGAAUUAAUCUGUGAAAUUAUGUUAGUGGCUGAAGGUUUUCAGGAGGCUAAGAUAUUAGCAAGGAAAUUCAUAACCUUAUACACUCUUUGCAAGGAGCUUCUUUCUAAGCAGGAUCAUUACGACUGGGGCCUACGUGCUAUUAAAUCUGUACUAGUAGUAGCGGGAUCUUUAAAGAGGGGUGAUCCUGGUAGGCCAGAAGAGGAAGUGCUGAUGCGAGCACUAAGAGACUUUAACAUACCAAAGAUAGUAACUGAUGAUACACCUGUAUUUAUGGGUUUAAUUGGAGAUCUGUUUCCUGCUUUAGAAGUGCCCAGAAAAAGAGAUGCUGAAUUUGAAAGAACUGUCAAGCAAGCUGCUAUAGAUUUGCAACUGCAGCCUGAAGACAAUUUUAUUUUAAAAGUGGUUCAGUUAGAAGAACUCUUAGAAGUGCGUCACUCGGUCUUUAUAGUGGGUAACGCUGGGACAGGAAAGACUCAAGUUUGGAAAACUUUAUUCAGGACUUACGCAAACAUCAAACGAAAGCCAAUAUUCAACGACUUAAACCCUAAGGCAGUUACUAACGACGAAUUAUUUGGUAUCAUCAACCCAGCUACGAGAGAAUGGAAAGAUGGGCUCUUAUCAGUACUAAUGAGGGAACAAGCAAAUGUUUCUAGUGACAAUCCAAAAUGGAUUAUCUUAGAUGGUGAUAUUGAUCCUAUGUGGAUAGAGUCUUUAAAUACUGUAAUGGAUGAUAAUAAGGUUUUAACUUUAGCUAGUAAUGAACGAAUUGCUUUGACACCAUCCAUGAGGCUAAUAUUUGAAAUUUCAAAUCUAAGGACUGCUACACCUGCCACUGUAUCUAGAGCGGGUAUCCUUUAUAUUAAUCCUCAAGAUUUAGGAUGGAAUCCGUAUGUUACUAGCUGGAUUGAAACACGAGAAAAUGGUGCAGAAAAAUCAAACUUAAUAAUGCUCUUUGACAAAUACAUCCCCAUUUGCUUGGAGAAUGUGCGAACCAGAUUUAAGAAAAUAACUCCAAUUGCUGAAACGGCACAUGUAUCUAUGCUUUGCCAUCUUUUGGAAUGUAUUUUAACUCCCCAAAACACCCCUAAUGACUGUCCAAAGGACUGGUAUGAGUUGUACUUUGCUUUUUGCUGCGUGUGGGCCUUUGGAUCGGCAAUGUUUCAGGAACAAGCUACUGAUUACAGGGUAGAGUUCACUAAAUGGUGGGUGAACGAGUUCAAAACAGUAAGGUUUCCAACUCAAGGCACAGUUUUUGACUACUUUAUUGAUGAUGAAACCAAGAUGUUUGUCCCAUGGACUGAAAAACUAGGUAGAUUUGAACUUGAUCCUGAUGCCCCUCUACAGGCUGUCCUGGUUCAUACAGCAGAAUCUAUUCGGAUCCGAUACUUCUUAAAUAUCCUUAUGGAGAAAAAGCGGCCAGUGAUGUUAGUUGGUAAUGCUGGCUGUGGUAAAACCGUUUUGGUAACCGAGAAGUUAACCACCCUCUCAGAAAACUAUGCAGUUGCAAAUAUACCUUUUAAUUUCUACACAACGUCCGAGAUGCUUCAGAAAAUAAUGGAGAAACCCCUUGAGAAAAAAGCGGGAAGAAAUUAUGGCCCUCCUGGUAAUAAAACCUUAAUAUAUUUUAUAGAUGAUAUGAACAUGCCAGAAGUUGAUACUUAUGGAACUGUGCAGCCUCACACUCUGAUUAGACAACAUUUAGAUUAUCAUCACUGGUAUGACCGCAGCAGGUUAACGCUUAAGGAUAUUCAUAAUUGUCAAUAUGUCUCUUGUAUGAAUCCUACUGCAGGAAGUUUUACGAUCAAUCCACGAUUACAAAGACAUUUUUAUGUAUUUGCCAUAAGCUUUCCUGGAGUAGACGCUCUAACAACUAUAUAUCAAGCAAUUUUAAGCCAGCAUUUACUGAAUUCCGAAUAUAAAUUUCCAUCUAUAGUUGUAAAAUUAUGUGAAAAUAUUGUAACUGCAUCUGUUAUAUUGCAUCAUAAGGUUACGCAAGUGUUUUUGCCCACAGCAAUUAAAUUCCAUUACAUCUUUAACUUAAGGGACAUAUCCAACGUUUUUCAGGGUCUUCUUUUUAGUACCACAGAUUGUCUUCAGCAACCAUCAGAUAUAGUCAGACUUUGGCUCCACGAAUGUCAAAGAGUAUACGGCGAUAAGUUAACUGAAGAAAAAGACAUAGAUGCCUUUUCCAAGCUUCAAAUGGAUGUAUUCAAGAAGAACUUUGAAGAUGUUGAUGAAUCGCUUGUUUUUGAAAAGCCAAACAUUUACUGCCACUUUGCUGGUGGAAUAGGAGAACCGAAGUAUAUGCCUAUUUCCAAAUGGUCUACUUUAAACAAACUGUUAACUGAAGCCAUGUCGAGCUACAAUGAUUUGAUAGCAGCAAUGAACUUAGUGCUAUUUGAAGAUGCUAUGAUGCAUGUAUGUAGAAUUAACCGCAUCUUAGAAUCUCCCAGGGGCAGCUCCUUAUUAGUAGGAGUAGGCGGUAGUGGCAAGCAGUCAUUAUCCCGCUUAGCAGCUUUCAUAUCUUCACUAGAAGUGUCUCAAAUUCAGCUAAAAAAAGGUUAUGGAGUAUUCGACCUUAAAAACGAGCUGUCAUCUCUUUAUCUCAAGUCAGGCCUAAAAAAUGUCGGUAUUAUGUUUCUUAUGACCGAUGCGCAAGUGCCUAAUGAACAAUUUCUGGUUCUCAUUAAUGAUAUGCUUGCCUCAGGUGAAGUUCCUGAUAUGUUUCCUGAUGACGAAGUAGAAAAUAUUAUUGCUGGAGUUAGGAAUGAAGUUAAAGGAGCGGGAAUGCUCGACACCCGAGAAAACUGUUGGAAGUUCUUUAUUGACAGGGUUAGAAAGCAACUGAAAUUUGUUUUAUGUUUCUCUCCUGUAGGGUCUACAUUAAGAGUUCGUUCUAGAAAAUUUCCAGCAAUAAUAAACUGUACUCAAAUCAACUGGUUUCAUGAAUGGCCACAAGAAGCUCUCAUAUCAGUAUCCUUAAGAUUUUUACAAGAUGUAGAGUCCUUGCCUGAAGAUUUGCGUGAAUCCGCAGCCAGAUUUAUGGCUUAUGCCCAUACGUCUGUAAAUUCAACUUCCAAAAUGUAUUUGCAGAACGAGCGCAGAUACAAUUACACCACACCAAAAUCUUACUUAGAACAAAUUACUUUGUAUUCCAAACUAUUGAAACAAAAAUCCAAGGAGUUAUCUUUGAAAGUCGGAAGGUUAGAAAAUGGCCUCGAUAAACUUAGAACAACAUCAAAGCAAGUGGACGAGCUAAAAAAGAAAUUGGCAGUACAAGAAAUAGAACUUAAAGAGAAAAACGAAGCUGCAGAUGCCCUUAUUGAAAUUGUAGGCAUUGAAACUGAAAAAGUUUCAAUAGAAAAAAAAUUAGCCGAUGAAGAAGAAGAACGUGUAGCAAUGAUUGCUGAAGAAGUAAGCAAAAAACAAAAAGACUGCGAAGAAGACCUUCUGAAAGCGGAGCCUGCACUUCUAGCUGCCCAAGAAGCUCUAAACACUCUUAAUAAAGCUAACUUGACAGAAUUAAAAUCUUUCGGUUCACCUCCAGGUGCUGUAACAAACGUUACAGCAGCAGUAAUGGUCUUAUUGGCUCCCGCAGCCAAAGUACCAAAAGACCGAAGCUGGAAGGCUGCUAAAAUAGUAAUGGCAAAAGUGGACGCUUUUCUGGAUGCUUUAAUAACAUAUGACAAGGAAAAUAUUCAUCCGGAUAUUAUUAAAGCUAUUGAACCAUAUCUAAAAGAUGCGGAGUUUGAACCGGAAUUUGUCAGAAGCAAAAGUGCAGCAGCAGCGGGACUCUGUGCUUGGGUCAUUAAUAUUAUCAAAUUUUAUGAAGUAUAUUGCGAUGUUGAGCCGAAGAGAAAAGCUUUAGCAGCUGCUAAUGCUGAACUUGCAGCUGCGCAAGAAAAACUCAAUGCUAUCAAGAAAAAAGUUGCUUCGUUGGAGUCACAACUAGCGAAAUUAACUGCAGACUUUGAAAAAGCUACCAGGGAGAAAUUGCUGUGUCAACAAGAAGCUGAUGCUACGAAUGCUACUAUUGCCUUAGCUAACCGAUUGGUCGGAGGAUUAGCAAGUGAAAACGUUCGUUGGGCUGAGACUGUUAACAAUUUUGUGGAAAAUGGGAAAAUGAUGCCAGGUGAUGUUCUUCUGACCACUGCAUUUAUCUCGUAUGUCGGCUGUUUCACUAAGCAAUAUCGUCAUGACCUUUUACAUAAGAUGUGGCUUCCCUUCAUUAAAACAUUGGAUCCAAAGAUACCGCUCACUGAAGAACUAGAUCCAUUAGCAAUGCUGACAGACGACACAAUAAUUGCUAAAUGGCACAAUGAAGGUCUGCCAAGUGACAGAAUGUCAACAGAAAAUGCGUCUAUUUUGAUAAAUUCUGAUAGAUGGCCCCUAAUGAUUGACCCACAACUCCAAGGAGUAAAGUGGAUAAAGCAAAGAUAUGGCGAUGACCUUAAAGUAAUACGCCUAGGACAAAAAGGCUAUCUGGAUAUAAUUGAGAAAUCCAUUAACCAAGGAUCCACAGUUUUGUUUGAAAAUAUUGAAGAAACUGUGGAUCCUGUUUUGGAUACUCUCUUAGGGCGGAACUUAAUUAAAAAAGGAAAAGCAAUCAAGAUUGGCGACAAAGAAAUAGAAUACAACUCAACAUUUCGAUUAAUUCUUCAUACAAAAUUGGCAAACCCUCAUUAUAAGCCCGAGAUGCAAGCCCAAGCUACUCUGAUAAAUUUUACAGUUACAAGAGAUGGCUUAGAAGACCAGCUGCUAGCUGAAGUAGUAAAAGCUGAGAGACCCGACUUGGAAGAACUUAAGGCAGAUCUUACAAAACAACAAAACGAUUUCAAGAUCAUGCUAAAAAGUCUAGAAGAUGAUUUGUUGUCACGAUUGUCUUCUGCUGGUGGUAACUUACUUGGAGAUACAACUCUUGUUGAAAAUUUGGAGACGACAAAAAGAACGGCAGCUGAUAUUGAGAAGAAAGUUGCUGAAGCCAAAAUUACUUCUGUUGAAAUUGACCAGGCUAGAGAAUAUUACAGACCAGCAGCAGCAAGAGCUAGUUUACUAUAUUUUAUUUUGAAUGAGCUUAAUACUAUUAAUCCUAUUUAUCAAUUUUCUCUGAAAGCAUUUAAUGUAGUUUUUCAAAAAGCUAUAGCUAAAGCAGAUGGUGCUGAUACAGUAGCUGCAAGAGUCAAUAACCUAAUUGAAUGUAUAUCGUUUUCCGUAUAUCAGUAUACUACAAGAGGAUUAUUUGAAAGCGACAAGCUUAUCUUUGCGUCACAAAUGACAUUUCAGAUUCUGCUUAUGAGUCAAGAAAUCUUAGCACCAGACCUUGAUUUCUUGCUACGAUUCCCUAUAAAACCACACGUGACAAGUCCAGUGGACUUUCUUUCCAAUACUUGCUGGGGUGGGAUCUGUAGCUUAGCCACCAGGGAUGAAUUCCGAAAUUUAGAUAGAGAUAUUGAGAAUUCUCCCAAAAGAUGGAAAAAACUGGUUGAGUGUGAAUGCCCCGAAAGGGAAAAGUUUCCUCAGGAAUGGAAGAGUAAAACUGCAUUGCAAAGGUUGUGUAUGAUUAGAGCUUUACGACCCGAUAGAAUGUUAUAUGCCAUGUUAGCAUUUAUCGAAGAAAAACUGGGUUCAAAAUAUGUAGGGAAUAAGACAGUAGAAUUUUCAAAAUCUUACGAGGAAACUAGCCCUUCCACACCCAUUUUCUUUAUCCUUUCACCUGGGGUAAACCCUCUUAAAGAUGUAGAAGAAUUGGGAGAGAAACUUGGUUUCACCUUGGAAAAACAAAACUUUCACAACGUCUCUUUAGGUCAAGGCCAAGAAUCUGUAGCCGAAAAGGCAAUAGAAACUGGAGCCAAGCACGGACAUUGGGUUGUUCUUCAAAAUAUUCAUUUAGUAAAGAGCUGGCUACCUGCUUUGGAGAAGCACUUAGAAAAAUAUGCCGAAGGAUCCCACUCAGAUUAUCGAGUCUUUAUGAGUGCUGAGCCUGCAUCUUCUCCUUCAAGUCAUAUAAUUCCCCAGGGUAUUCUUGAAUCGUCAAUUAAGAUUACUAAUGAACCUCCAACUGGCAUGCAAGCAAAUCUUCACAAAGCGUUGUCAAAUUUUAACCAAGAAACUCUGGAGCAAUGCGGGAAAGAAGCGGAGUUUAAAGUGAUACUGUUUGCUCUCUGUUACUUUCAUGCAGUUGUAGCUGAACGAAGAAAGUUUGGACCUCAGGGAUGGAAUAAAAUGUAUCCCUUUAAUGUCGGUGAUCUUACAAUUAGUGUGUUUGUACUGUACAACUACUUGGAGGCAAAUACCAAGGUUCCGUGGGAAGACUUGCGGUAUCUGUUUGGGGAAAUUAUGUAUGGAGGGCACAUUACAGAUGACUGGGAUAGAAGGCUAUGUAUAACUUACCUUGAAGAGAUUUUACAACCCGAUUUAGUGGACGGUGAACUGAUGUUAGCUCCAGGCUUUCCAGCUCCUCCCAAUACCGAUUACCAAGGAUACAAUAAUUACAUUGAUGAAGUACUACCUCCCGAAUCCCCGUAUUUAUAUGGGCUUCAUCCGAACGCAGAAAUUGGAUUUUUAACUACAACGGCGGAUAAGCUUUUUAGGACUGUGUUUGAAAUGCAACCCAGAGACGCAGGAGCCUCUGGUGGUACUACAGUAACUAGGGAAGAGAAGGUAAAGCAAAUGAUAGAUGAAAUGUUGGAGAAACUUCCAGAAGACUUUAAUAUGAUGGAGAUAAUGGGGAAGGUAGAAGAGAGAACUCCGUAUGUCAUCGUAGCAUUUCAGGAGUGUGAACGGAUGAAUUUGCUAACAGGAAAAAUGAAGCAAACUUUAAAAGAGCUUGAGUUGGGUUUGAAAGGAGAGCUAACUAUUACAUCCGACAUGGAGGAUUUGGAAAAUGCUAUAUUUUUAGACCAAGUCCCACCUGCUUGGGCCCAGAGGGCAUACCCAUCCCUGCUUGGCCUCUCCAGCUGGUUUGUUGAUCUCCUUUUGAGAAUUAGAGAGUUAGAGACGUGGUCUACUGAUUUUGUGCUCCCUGCUUCUGUAUGGUUAGGGGGAUUUUUUAAUCCUCAAUCGCUCUUGACCGCCAUCAUGCAGAGUACAGCAAGGAGAAACGAACUACCUCUGGAUAAAAUGUGUUUGCAAUGCGAUGUGACUAAAAAACAAAAGGAAGAAUUUACGAGUGCUCCAAGAGAUGGCGCAUAUGUUCACGGCCUCCAUAUGGAAGGAGCAAGAUGGGACGUACAAGCUGGAAUAAUAAUGGAUUCGAAACUUAAGGAUCUCUACCCUCCUAUGCCAGUUAUUAACAUUAAAGCUAUAACACAGGACAAGCAAGAUUUAAGAAAUAUGUAUGAAUGCCCAGUUUAUAAAACCAAAACCAGAGGGCCUACCUUUGUUUGGACUUUUAAUUUAAAAACCAAAGAUAAACCUGCGAAGUGGACUUUGGCGGGCGUUGCCUUACUAUUGCAAACCUAAAAGUUUUGUAAAAAUGUUUUGUUAUAUGAAAAUAAAUUAUAUAUUAGCGUUAUAAUAUUUUAAACAAUUUAGGAAAAAUUAAAACCUAAUAAUCUAGAAAGAUUUUUAAACGUGAUAUAUGUAUGUAGAUUCCAUCAAAAUCUUGGGGACCUCUAAGAGGGGAGCAAUGGAGAAUAUUGUGGCAAGCACAAAGUCUAUGCUUUUCAAUUCUAAAACAAAUCGCCUA